AGAGAGGGCGCUGUGCUUAAAAAUAUUUAGCGCUAAAUAACACGCAGUGGAUGUGUUUAUCAUUUUGUUUAAGCUUUAACUCUUAAGUUAAUUUCGUGUUUAUGCUAGUUUAUAUCCGUUUUAAGUUAUGUUUCUUGCAUAGUUUAAGAACAUCUUUUUAAUACCAUGAUGGAAAAUAUAGGAGAUAAGUUUGAGCAUAUCCGGGUUGUAGGGAGAGGAGCAUUUGGCUCUGUUCACUUGUGUCGAAGACUUUCAGAUGGAAAGCAAGUGAUUAUCAAACAGAUACCUGUUGAACAGAUGACUAGAGAAGAGAAACAACAGUCCCUGUCUGAAGCAAAGGUUCAUUCUAAAUUGGACCAUCCAAACAUCAUUGCUUACUAUGAUCAUUUCCUCGGAGAGAAGUCGAUUGUUAUCGUCAUGGAGUAUGCUGCUGGUGGCACCCUCUAUGACUAUUUGCAACAACGACAUGGAGCAUUUUUACAAGAAGAGGAAGUUCUUAAUUUUUUCAUACAAAUUGUAAUGGCCUUAGACCAUGUGCAUUCUCGUAAAGUUCUUCAUCGGGAUUUGAAAAGUCAGAAUAUUCUAUUAAAUGAAAGAAAGGACACUUUGAAAAUUGGAGACUUUGGUAUUUCUAAAGUUCUGGACAGCAAAACAAAAGCCUCAAGUGUUGUUGGGACACCUUGUUACAUCUCUCCAGAGCUUUGUGAGGGCAAACACUAUAACCAGAAAAGUGAUAUAUGGGCCCUGGGAUGUGUUUUAUACGAACUGUUAACAUUGAAGAGGCCAUUUGAAGCCACAAACCUCCCAGCUCUUGUGUUGAAGAUAAUGCAUGGUUCCUUUGCACCAAUAGCUGACCAUUACAGUAGUGAACUUCGACAAAUGUUGUUAAGCAUGCUCCAUCGUGACCCUCAGAAACGCCCCACUAUCAGACAAAUUAUAGUUCAGCCAAUCAUAUUUGGCUUGAUGUAUUGUCUCUAUACUGACAUUGGAACCAUUCCCUGUAUAUCAAGGUCUUCCCAACGUCCCUCCUUUUCUUCUCCUGUCCAACUACAAGGGUUUGCUAAUGAACAUCCUGACAGUGCAUUAUCUGAAUUGCUUUAUUUAGUUCAAAAAGACUUUUCUGCGAAAGAUGGGGAGUGCAAGACAGAGUCAGUUGCUGCAUGCUCUGCUGUGUACUACUGGGGUGGAAGUUACUCCACUCCCCAUCACCUCCCACUGCCAUCUAGUGACACAGAAAUAGUUAGCAUUUCACUGGGUAGAACCCAAAUGGCUGGACUAACCAGGGAUGGCCGAGUUGUUUUGUGGAAGGUAGGAGAGACAAAGGAAAAGGAAGAUACUACAGGAACCACUCAGGCCAAAAUUUCAAUUUCUGAUUCUUCAGUGUUUUACCCAGUUUUUUUGGAAGAGAAGGCUGGCGUCCACAUAGUACAGAUCGUGUGUGGGAACCUCUUUACUCUGCUCUUAACAGAUCGAGGCAUACUCCUAAGUUUUGGAAGUGGCUCCAACGGAUGUCUCGGACAUGGUGAUUACAAUGAUGUUUCUCAGCCCAAGAUAGUGGAGGAGCUUCUGGGAGUGGAUGUCAAAGCAGUGGCGUGUGGAUCAUCUCAUGUGGUCGUUUUGACAAGGGAACAUACAGUGUACACCUGGGGAAGAGGGCAAAAUGGCAGAUUAGGCCUAGGGAAAUCCGAUUCUUUUGUGUUACCUCAAAAAGUCCCUCUGCUGGCAGCUUGUGAACCGGAGCAAAUUUAUUGUGGACACGAUUGUACCUUCUUACUAACCUCAACAAAAGAGAUUUAUGCUUGUGGAAGUAAUAGGCACAACAAGCUGGCUGUGGACACACCAAGCCACCCUCACAAGGAGGAGGCUUACAUGUUUGUUCCUGUUAAAACUGAGCCUUUUCCAGAUGUCCAGGUCAAGUCUGUUGGUGCUGGUGCAUCUCACACUGCCUUUCUUAGUGAACAGGGUGAAGUAUUUACUGUGGGCUCUAACCAGGAUGGUCGACUUGGUACUGAAACUACAGAAACCAUUCCCAACAGAGUCAUAAAAGUGGAAGGAUUUGGUACAUCAAAGGUUUCUCAGAUAGCUUGUGGAGAUUCAUUCACAGUUGCUCUUACAGAAAUUGUCCUUUCAACAUGGCAUUCGUGCUCCACCAGUGGUACAUGAUGGAAGGCGUGGCUUUAUUUUAGCCAUCCGUAUAAAAUAAAUACUUCAUAUAGGACUUUGGAGAUAUGAGGUACAGUUAUAUCUUAUGGGUGCUGUGUACCACUGGUGUCGCAUGAUGUUGUGAAUGUGUUAACUGAAGUUUGUAAUAAUCAGAAAUAAAAUUGCUUU